AUGCUUGUAGUUGUUCCAGCAAAUGUGGACAUUACAACGACAUUGCGGAUCCUCACUAAGCUAGAUCUUGUCGAUAAAGGAGUAGAAGAUAAAAUCAUUGAUCUUGUUGAGGAAAAACUAGAGGCACAAGAGCUAGGUUGGGUGGGCACGUCUAAGAUUCGUGACACUGAAGAGAAAUUCAGAAAUUCACCCCCUUGGAGCCGCCUCUCUAAGGAUAACUAUAGUAUUGAAGCCCUUAGAUAG